ACCACGUGAUGAAGGCAGAGAGCUGGUCGGGAGCGCGCAAACAACAUGCACGCCGCAAAAGUUACAGGCUGCUAGCAUCAGCGCUAAAUGAAUGCAACUUUGUGUGCAAUUAACGCGAUUUUACGACUGUAGGCAGCCGUGGCGCGGCAUGUGCGAUUAAACAUGGAUAUAUUUAGAGACGAGAGUGAGUUUACAGGUGUCCGAAUGGCCCAAAGGGUUGCAGAUUUGUUUGAGUGUCGUCCUGGUUUUCAAAGGAUAGUAAGACUUGGCCUUAUUGCCGGUGUGGAAUACGAUGAUGAGCGAGAUGUUACAGAUGAGGAUGAGAAUGGAACUUGCGAUUGGUCCCAUAUAUCUUCAAUGCUCUCCGACAAGAGUAGUAAUAGAGGAUUAAGUGGGAGCCAUACAAGGUCAUCCAGCUCUGUUUAUCAGCUUCCACGGGAUUACUACGCCUCAUCUUGUGAACUUCCUUAUCCAGCAUCUGUUAAACUUCCGCCAAAGGAGAGUGACUCUGAAAGAAGAGCCAGAUUAUUAGAAGAAGUAAAAAAAGGAAAAGAAAAGACUGAGAAGAAGCGACUUAAGAAACUGAAAAGAAAGGAGAGAAAAAGGCUCGAGAAAUUGGAGAACGAAAAACAGAACCCUAUAAGAAAUGAAGAGGUGAAAGAUGAUGCACAGCACUCUAAAACGGACGGGAGCAAACCAGUUAAUGAUGAAUCCAAAACCAAUACCAUUUCCAGUGAUAAACAGUGUGCCUCGGCAAAAGAUACAGACAGCAGUGACAGUAGUGAUGACGAAUCCAGUGAUGAAGAUAGCGACACCAGGAAUGACUCUGGCGACUCUGAGGAACUGGACAUGACCAGUACUUUUGUAAGUAAAGCUGCUCUUAUAGCCAGGCGUAAAUUGGAGCAGAAGCCCAAGCCUGAGAGGAGGGAGAAAAAAAAGAUUCCCGUCAAAGAAGAAUCUAAAACCGUCCCUGACAAACCUAAUGAAGACCCGGAGGUUGAAGAGAAGGAUUCUGUGACCCUUCGGAGCCCCACUUUUGAAGAUAAUGUUAAAAUAAGUACUGAUCUUGCAGUUAUUGGAAAUAGGUUUGCAAGUGCUGGAGACUUUAAUAUGGCUGUAAAGUAUUUCACAGAUGCAAUUAAGUACAAUCCUACAGAGUUUAAGUUGUUUGGCAAUCGUUCCUUCUGUUUUGAGAAGAUGCAAGAAUAUGACAAGGCGUUGACUGAUGCGGAGUUGUCUCUCAGCAUGUGGCCGGGCUGGGUUAAAGGCCUGUAUAGGAGGGGCAGAGCUUUGGCAGGUCUAAAGAGGUACGAGGAGGCUGCCCAGGCCUUCAGGGAGGUUCUCAAACUGGACAGUUCAUGUGCAGAAGCAGCCCAGGAACUGAUGCGGGUGCAGAUAACUCAACUAAUGGUGUAUGGUUUCACUCGGGAGCAGAGCUCAAAUGCUUUAAUUAUUCAUGGGACCGUAAAAAAGGCGCUAGAGGUGCUGUCCAAACUAAACCACCGACCUGGAGCUUUUCAUUCAAAUGGCGGUGUCCAACCGGCUCAAGUAGCAAAUGUCACCGGAGUCUCGCCAGUCCUUUCAGCCAACACAAUCCCUGCUGCUCUGUCCCAUGAUGCAAUAAAUCCAGCAUUUAAGAACAAACCUUUAGGCCCAGUUCAUAAUAUGUCGAAUGUCCAGCGUCAACCCAUGAAGAGCAACAAUGCAGCCAAUCACCAACCACAGGAGCUCUUUCCAGUUUGGGUGGGAAACUUGGUUUACCCAGUAUCUGAGUCUGUGAUAACCAACGUGUUUAGCAAGGUUGGGGAUGUCAAUAGUGUGAAGGUUCUUACUUACAAACGAUGUGCCUUCGUAAACUAUACAAAACAAGAGUAUUGUGAUGAAGCAAUCAGACACUUGCAUGGGUUUGAGCUGAACGGCAUGAAGAUUGCAGUGAGGUAUCCCGAUAGGAUUCCUCAAGGUUUGGGAAUUUCCAGAGCUGCCCUCAAAGCUGAUGACCUGGAAGAUGAGAAUAUGAGGCAAAACGAGUACGCUGAAGGGAGGAAUACAGUUGGAAGCAGAAGACCUUUUCGCCCUUACAGACAAGUCCCAGACUACGGAGGCAACCACAAGUACUGACAGAAAAGACGGCUAUAAACAGGUCCGACUGUCCUUCUCAAUAAAAGCAUAACCACUUAUACAUACAGGGUUGUAAGGCUUUGCAAAUUAUUGAAGUGUUAUCAGUAUACCACAGAAAUGAAUGUUUAUUUGGUAAUUUUCUUUUAAAGAAAAAAAUGAAGUAUUAUUACCUAUUGAUCUAAAGAAAGGAUAUUGAAAUGAUAGUUUUAUAUUUGCUGACCAAAACUUAUACUAUGAGGUUUAUGUUAGCUGAUGAGUCCAGGUAUUAACAAAUGCUUCUUUAUUUUUAUUGUAGAAGCUUGAUGGAUAAACUUUACACAUUUUAUUUUUGAUGCUGGCACAAUGUACGGUAUGACAGCUGGUGGUAAAGUGUUUUAGAAUAAAUGUCUGAGAUUUUUAAACUAUGGUAUUAGCAUUAGUCCCCAAAAUCUGGUGUCGCAAAGGCUUUUUAAAUGACUUAAGUUAAGGACAUUUGUUUUUUACAGUUUAUCUACACACUUAUUGUUAUUAAAUGUAUUGUGAUCUUAACAAUAAUAUAAGAGCCUCACAUUACGGCCUAUAUAUAUAAAUCAUCUGAAAUCUAUUAUCAGAGUCACUGUACUUUAAUACAAAUGAAUUAUUUUUGUUGCAAAUUUAACUGUUUAUUUCCAUCUUUAAGAUGACUUAAAAGUUACUGUUAGUUACAUCAGUGGUUGAUUAUGGGAUGGCAUAUUUUAUUUUAUGGAGUAUUUUGUUCUUAAUCCAAGAAUUAAAGAUUAUUUCGUA